AUGUCUUGCUACGACCUGUGCCCCACUGCCAUUGGUGGCAUCUACCGCCCCCAGCCCCUCGCUGACAGCGGGAAUGAGCCAUGCGUCCGUCAGUGCCCUGACUCCACCACCCUGAUCCAGCCACCUCCAGUCGUCGUCACCUUCCCCGGCCCCAUCCUCAGCUCCUUCCCGCAGGAUUCAGUUGUGGGAUCCUCUGGAGCACCCGUCCUUGGGGGCUACGGGGGCUCCCUUGGCUAUGGGGGCUACGGCUCCCUGGGCUAUGGGGGUCUGUAUGGCCAUGGGGGCUCCUCGCUGGGCUACGGGGGUCUGUAUGGCUACAGGGGCUAUGGCUCCCUGGGCUAUGGGGGUCUGUAUGGCUGUGGGGGCUCCCUGGGUUACAGAGGUCUGUAUGGCUAUGGUAGAUCGUAUGGGUUUGGCUCUUGCAGCCCUUACUCCUACUGGUCCAACAGGUACAGCCGUGGCAGCUGCGGGUUCUGGUAA